CGUCUCCUUCAGUGUGGCGGCCUGAACCUUAAAGUUGAUUCGUACUUGAGCUUUUCAUCGCUUCUGGAGCACCUUAUACUGCACUUUCAGCAAUCAGUCCCAUUAUUCUGUCGCUGUUAGUCAACUCUCAUACAAGCGAACACUACAGAUAGCCAUGAUGUCCACCGAAGCGAACAUUCCUAACGGAAAGGCACCGGUGCAAAACGCGCCAGGCCACAGCGCCCACACACGCGGACCGGUGGUCGUUCAGCCAGCACGACUUGCUGAUUUGCAGCCAAGUUAUGCCCAACAGAUCCAGCAUGAUGCCGAUAACCCGGAUGCGCAUAGCUGGUACGCUUCUUUGAUCCAUACAUUGGGCCAGUGCAUUGGUGGUUUGGGAGCUAUCCCAUGCUGCAUCUGCUGCCCCAACCCGUUCAAGCCAGUGGCGCAGGGUGAGGUCGGUCUGGUCACCAAAUUUGGACGAUUCGAGCGUGCGGUCGACCCGGGCCUGGUCAGGGUUAACCCGCUGAGCGAACACCUUACGACCGUCGACGUUAAGAUCCAGAUCGUCGAAGUACCCCGCCAGGUUUGCAUGACCAAGGACAAUGUCACUCUUAAUCUGACCUCGGUCAUCUACUACCAAAUCAUUUCGCCUCACAAAGCGGCUUUCGGCAUUACCAACGUACGGCAAGCUCUGAUCGAGCGCACACAGACAACUCUGCGGCAUGUUAUCGGAGCGAGGGUUCUGCAGGAUGUGAUUGAACGCCGUGAGGAGAUCGCCCAGUCGACGUCUGAGAUCAUCGAGGAGGUUGCAGCUGGAUGGGGUGUCCUAGUCGAAUCGAUGCUCAUCAAGGACAUCAUCUUCAGCAAUGAUUUGCAGGACUCGCUCUCCAUGGCAGCGCAGUCCAAGCGUAUCGGUGAGAGCAAGGUCAUUGCUGCUCGUGCCGAGGUGGAAUCCGCCAAGCUCAUGCGCCAGGCUGCGGACAUUCUAUCCUCUGCUCCUGCCAUGCAAAUUCGCUACCUCGAGGCCAUGCAAGCCAUGGCCAAGACCGCCAACAGCAAGGUCAUCUUCUUGCCCGCCGUCAACCAGACAGUGCAGCAACAGCUGGCUGCAGCCGAUAAUGCCGGCGAGGGUCCAAGCAAAUACGGAGCCGGGCAGCCUGUACAGGCGGACGACGGGUUCCAGCGCGCUAUCAAUGCCCGGGUGGUGGAAGAUAUCUGAACAUGAUGAGGCCGGUGUCUUGAAUCCCGAUCACAAUAAUGCUGAAAAUCCGUUUGAUGCCAUCCGUCACGGAUGAGUACCUGCGUUCUUUUGCUCUACCUUAAUCUCCCUGAUUCGACCGACGAUACCCACUUUCUUUCAUGUUGACUGACUGCCUGAUACUCUUAUAUUCGUGGUUUGCUGGAUAUGCACAGCUAUUUCCUGGAAUCUUUUAUGAUGACUGUACUGAAAUAACUUGCUUCUCUGCGUUCCGCAAAUGAAUAAUGCCUAUACUUAAUUGACGCUUUCUUGGAC